AUGGCUCCGAUCCGUCGGCUGUCCCUGCCGGCCUCCAUAAAGAACUACCAAGGGGCUGCCCUGUGCCCUCUCAUAAUAUACACUGAGUGUCACUAUCCACAGAGCACGCCUCACCCUCGCUCACCGUCUUUGGGAUUGUCCCCACUGAGGGUGUUGGCGGGUGGUCAAUUUGCAGGGCUCCACAGUGCCAGCGUUACGUUCACCAACAAAAUAAAUAGUCUGAAGAAUUCUGCAAUAGCUGUUUUCAAAGUAUUUCUGUUUUAUUUCGUAGCUGCUAAUUAUACUAAUCCUAUAUCCCACCUGGUGCAGCAACACCGCCUGACAGGGGAGCUGAGCUCACAUUCUAUAUCCCACCUGGUGCAGCAACACCGCCUGGCAGGGGAGCUGAGCUCACAUUCUAUAUCCCACCUGGUGCAGCAACACCGCCUGACAGGGGAGCUGAGCUCACAUUCUAUAUCCCACCUGGUGCAGCAACACCGCCUGACAGGGGAGCUGAGCUCACAUUCUAUAUCCCACCUGGUGCAGCAACACCGCCUGACAGGGGAGCUGAGCUCACAUUCUAUAUCCCACCUGGUGCAGCAACACCGCCUGACAGGGGAGCUGAGCUCACAUUCUAUAUCCCACCUGGUGCAGCAACACCGCCUGACAGGGGAGCUGAGCUCACAUUCUAUAUCCCACCUGGUGCAGCAACACCGCCUGACAGGGGAGCUGAGCUCACAUUCUAUAUCCCACCUGGUGCAGCAACACCGCCUGACAGGGGAGCUGAGCUCACAUUCUAUAUCCCACCUGGUGCAGCAACACCGCCUGACAGGGGAGCUGAGCUCACAUUCUAUAUCCCACCUGGUGCAGCAACACCGCCUGACAGGGGAGCUGAGCUCACAUUCUAUAUCCCACCUGGUGCAGCAACACCGCCUGACAGGGGAGCUGAGCUCACAUUCUAUAUCCCACCUGGUGCAGCAACACCGCCUGACAGGGAGCUGAGCUCACAUUCUAUAUCCCACCUGGUGCAGCAACACCGCCUGACAGGGGAGCUGAGCUCACAUUCUAUAUCCCACCUGGAGCAGCAACACCGCCUGACAGGGGAGCUGAGCUCACAUUCUAUAUCCCACCUGGUGCAGCAACACCGCCUGACAGGGGAGCUGAGCUCACAUUCUAUAUCCCACCUGGUGCAGCAACACCGCCUGACAGGGGAGCUGAGCUUACAUUCUAUAUCCCACCUGGUGCAGCAACACCGCCUGACAGGGAGCUGAGCUCACAUUCUAUAUCCCACCUGGUGCAGCAACACCGCCUGGCAGGGGAGCUGAGCUCACAUUCUAUAUCCCACCUGGAGCAGGGGAGCUGAGCUCACAUUCUAUAUCCCACCUGGAGCACGGGAGCUGAGCUCACGUUCUAUAUCCCACCUGGUGCAGCAACACCGCCUGGCAGGGGAGCUGAGCUCACAUUCUAUAUCCCACCUGGAGCAGGGGAGCUGAGCUCACAUUCUAUAUCCCACCUGGUGUAGCAACACAGUCUGGCAGGGGAGCUGAGCUCACAUUCUAUAUCCCACCUGGAGCAGGGGAACUGAGCUCACAUUCUAUAUCCCACCUGGAGCAGGGGAGCUGAGCUCACAUUCUAUAUCCCACCUGGUGUAGCAACAAAGUCUGGCAGGGGAGCUGAGCUCACAUUCUAUAUCCCACCUGGUGUAGCAACACAGUCUGGCAGGGGAGCUGAGCUCACAUUCUAUAUACCACCUGGAGCAGGGGAGCUGAGCUCACAUUCUAUAUACCACCUGGAGCAGGGGAGCUGAGCUCACAUUCUAUAUCCCACCUGGAGCAGCAACACCGCCUGGCAGGGGAGCUGAGCUCACAUUCUAUAUCCCACCUGGAGCAGGGGAGCUGAGCUCACAUUCUCUAUCCCACCUGGUGCAGCAACACCGCCUGACAGGGAGCUGAGCUCACAUUCUAUAUCCCACCUGGUGCAGCAACACCGCCUGGCAGGGGAGCUGAGCUCACAUUCUAUAUCCCACCUGGAGCAGGGGAGCUGAGCUCACAUUCUAUAUCCCACCUGGUGCAGCAACACCGCCUGGCAGGGGAGCUGAGCUCACAUUCUAUAUCCCACCUGGUGCAGCAACACCGCCUGACAGGGGAGCUGAGCUUACAUUCUAUAUCCCACCUGGUGCAGCAACACCGCCUGACAGGGAGCUGAGCUCACAUUCUAUAUCCCACCUGGUGCAGCAACACCGCCUGACAGGGGAGCUGAGCUCACAUUCUAUAUCCCACCUGGAGCAGGGGAGCUGAGCUCACAUUCUAUAUCCCACCUGGAGCAGGGGAGCUGAGCUCACAUUCUAUAUCCCACCUGGAGCACGGGAGCUAAGCUCACGUUCUAUAUCCCACCUGGUGCAGCAACACCGCCUGGCAGGGGAGCUGAGCUCACAUUCUAUAUCCCACCUGGAGCAGGGGAGCUGAGCUCACAUUCUAUAUCCCACCUGGAGCAGGGGAACUGAGCUCACAUUCUAUAUCCCACCUGGUGUAGCAACAAAGUCUGGCAGGGGAGCUGAGCUCACAUUCUAUAUCCCACCUGGAGCAGGGGAGCUGAGCUCACAUUCUAUAUCCCACCUGGUGUAGCAACAAAGUCUGGCAGGGGAGCUGAGCUCACAUUCUAUAUCCCACCUGGUGUAGCAACACAGUCUGGCAGGGGAGCUGAGCUCACAUUCUAUAUACCACCUGGAGCAGGGGAGCUGAGCUCACAUUCUAUAUACCACCUGGAGCAGGGGAGCUGAGCUCACAUUCUAUAUACCACCUGGAGCAGGGGAGCUGAGCUCACAUUCUAUAUCCCACCUGGAGCAGCAACACCGCCUGGCAGGGGAGCUGAGCUCACAUUCUAUAUCCCACCUGGAGCAGGGGAGCUGAGCUCACAUUCUCUAUCCCACCUGGUGCAGCAACACCGCCUGACAGGGAGCUGAGCUCACAUUCUAUAUCCCACCUGGUGCAGCAACACCGCCUGGCAGGGGAGCUGAGCUCACAUUCUAUAUCCCACCUGGAGCAGGGGAGCUGAGCUCACAUUCUAUAUCCCACCUGGUGCAGCAACACCGCCUGGCAGGGGAGCUGAGCUCACAUUCUAUAUCCCACCUGGUGCAGCAACACCGCCUGGCAAGGGAGCUGAGCUCACAUUCUAUAUCCCACCUGGAGCAGCAACACCGCCUGGCAGGGGAGCUGAGCAGGGGAGCUGAGCUCACAUUCUAUAUCCCACCUGGUGCAGCAACACCGCCUGACAGGGGAGCUGAGCAGGGGAGCUGAGCUCACAUUCUAUAUCCCACCUGGUGCAGCAACACCGCCUGACAGGGAGCUGAGCUCACAUUCUAUAUCCCACCUGGUGCAGCAACACCGCCUGACAGGGAGCUGAGCUCACAUUCUAUAUCCCACCUGGUGCAGCAACACCGCCUGGCAGGGGAGCUGAGCUCACAUUCUAUAUCCCACCUGGAGCAGGGGAGCUGAGCUCACAUUCUAUAUCCCACCUGGUGCAGCAACACCGCCUGGCAGGGGAGCUGAGCUCACAUUCUAUAUCCCACCUGGUGCAGCAACACCGCCUGGCAAGGGAGCUGAGCUCACAUUCUAUAUCCCACCUGGAGCAGCAACACCGCCUGGCAGGGGAGCUGAGCAGGGGAGCUGAGCUCACAUUCUAUAUCCCACCUGGUGCAGCAACACCGCCUGACAGGGGAGCUGAGCAGGGGAGCUGAGCUCACAUUCUAUAUCCCACCUGGAGCAGCAACACCGCCUGGCAGGGGAGCUGAGCUCACAUUCUAUAUCCCACCUGGAGCAGGGGAGCUGAGCUCACAUUCUAUAUCCCACCUGGUGUAGCAACACAGUCUGGCAGGGGAGCUGAGCUCACAUUCUAUAUCCCACCUGGAGCAGGGGAGCUGAGCUCACAUUCUAUAUCCCACCUGGAGCAGGGGAGCUGAGCUCACAUUCUAUAUCCCACCUGGAGCAGCAACACCGCCUGGCAGGGGAGCUGAGCAGGUGAGCUGAGCUCACAUUCUAUAUCCCACCUGGAGCAGGGGAGCUGAGCUCACAUUCUAUAUCCCACCUGGAGCAGCAACACCGCCUGGCAGGGGAGCUGAGCUCACUGAGUGAAGUGCUGAUAGAUUCAUGCUCAUGAACGUUGGUCUAAUUUACUCAAGUCUACAAAGUGAGACUUUGUCCUCGUGUUUCUUGGCUAUUUCAAUUGUUUUGUUCACAAGAUUGGUUGUUUUUCAACGUUCGUUUUGAGUCCGCUGCUUCAAUGGAUAGCAAAAUCUCCCUAGUCAGACCCCAAAUCUCUCUUUCUCUCACACACACACACACACACACACACGACAGAAUGCGAGUGGCCCCGUUACCAUGGUAACUUCCCUCCCUUAAAGGGGCAACUGGGCAUUUUGUCUCCAGAUAUUUUGAUUUUUAAAAGACCGAGGUCACAAUUUUAAAUGUAUUAAAUUGUACUUCUUACUAACACAUUUCUUGUUUUAGAAAUAUUACAAAGCAUGAUUGUCAGUUUUUGUUGUAAUUAUGGCCAAAAUAUUUCAGCUGGUUAAAGAAUUUGAGUGGCUGGUUGAUUUUUUUUGUUUCUACCUUCAACAAUGACUGCUGGACCAAAAACAACAUUUUAGGCCCUGUUUUAUAAUCCAGUUUUUAUGGCUUACUUUAAUCAUAUACUGGGACAUCCACGGCUGUGACGGAUAUGACAUGCA